AUGCAACCAACAACAGAAUCACCAAAUAAAGUUGUUAACAUAAUACAACACAAAAAGAAAAAAUUUGUUCGGCCUAAAUUAAUUAAAUCCGAGUCUGUAGCAAGUUGCAAACCUGCUGAAGGAGAGUUUUUGAAAACACACCAACAAUACACACCAGCUAAUGUUGGAGAACGAACUAUUCACACACAUUUUUCUAUUGAAACACGACCAUUACAAAAGAAUAUGUUAUUUGGAGAUGACGGAAAGAUUAAUAUUGGAUUAUUAAGAAAUCAUUUUUUUAGAGAAGGGAGGUUAUCUAUUGACUGUGCUUUAGAACUUGUUAGAAAAGCAAAAAAAUUAUUAUUGGAAGAAGAAAAUAUGAUUACUAUUGAAGCACCAGUUAUUGUGUGUGGAGAUAUUCAUGGACAAUUUUAUGAUUUGCUUACAAUUUUUGAUAUUACUAAACCUAUUGAAAAUAAUAAGUACGUGUUCCUUGGAGAUUAUGUUGAUAGAGGGGAUUUUGGAUGUGAGGUUUUAUUUUUUUUGAUGGCUCAUAAAAUUAAUUACCCAAAACAAUUUUUCUUUUUAAGAGGAAAUCAUGAAAGUAAAAUGAUGACAGAAAGUAUGACUUUUAAUUUAGAGUGUGAAUACAAAUAUCACAGUAUUGAAUUAUUAAAUGAAAUACAUGAAUUAUUUGAUGCUCUACCAUUAGCUGCUUUAGUAGAAGGAAAUUCUCUUGGAAGGUUUUUCUGUACUCAUGGCGGUAUUAGUCCAUUUCUCACUAGGUUAUCACAGUAUAAUGAAAUUAAAAGAGUACAAGAACCUCCAUCAAGAGGACCAAUGUGUGAUAUUUUAUGGUCUGAUCCUUUGGAAGAACCACAACACCCAGAAACAAUGGAAAAAAGAAGAUUGGACGCAUGGCUUGCUACUGAUUUUGCAGACAACCAUUUGAGACAAACCUCUGUAUUAUAUGGACCACGUGGGUUACUUAAUUUUCUUGAAAAAAAUGAUCUUAUUUGUGUUGUUCGUGCACACCAAGUAAUGGAGGAUGGAUUUAAAUUACAUUAUUUCUUACAAAACACUGAUAUACCACCGUGUAUUACAGUUUUUUCAGCGCCUAAUUAUUGUGAUAUGUAUCAAAAUAAAGCAUCUAUAUUAAAGAUUAAUUUAGAAAAUAUUUGUUUUGAGCAAUUUGAGUAUGUUGAUCAUCCAUUUAAUUUCCCUGAUUUCUUUGAUUGUUUCAGCUAUUCAUUACCAACAAUGAUGGAAAUGCUUGUGAAUAUAUUAUCUGAGCUUGUGGUUGCAGUUAAAGAAGAAGAUGAGUCUAUGCUCACACCAGAAGAACGAAAGUCAGAUGAAGAAUUAAAGAAGAAAUUAGAAUUAUAUAAACAAAAAACAACCGAUAAAAUGAAAGAAAAGGCUGAUGUUUUAAGGUUGAAAAAAGAAAUUAAAACAACUCAAAAACUGAAUAAAGAGUGGUUUGAUAAAGUAUUAAGAAUUGACUCUAAGAAUGAAAUGAGACCUAAGCGUUUAACAAGAAAAUUAACUUCAAGACCUGCAAACAUGAGAACUGUUUCAGAUACUAAUAUUCUUCAUUAA